GACGCUGUAAGUGGCUGAAAAGCAACAUAACGGGUGGAAAGAGCACCUCAUACUAGUGUUUCAGUUGUUGGUGUGCUGAAAAAGAAUGACAUAUGGGUAUGAAAUUUAGUUAAUGUUCUUUAUUGUGUCUCCAACUCAUAUUAGUGAGGUUUUAGUAAAGUCCUAUACGGCGUAUAGAAAUGUAAGAUUUUACUGUUAUGUGUUGCUCUAAAUUCAAUAAUUGAAGAUGUGGCUCUAAUUGUUCCUGAAGGGACUUUGUAUGAGGCUGAGAUAUGGGUUCCCAUCAAAGAUUCAAAAUAGUUACACUUGAAAUGAUGGAAGAUUCCAUUAAAAGUGAUGUAGAUAAGUGACUUCAAUUUUAGCCAGAAGUUCCUCAGCACAAGAAGAUAAUAUUUUCUGAGCUUGAUGUGGAUACUGAAUACACUUGAAAGCAGUGGUCCAACUUGAGAUGAUCAAACAAGUGGAGAAGCUUUGCAGAUUGAACGGGUAAACAAGGGCGGCACCGUCCAGCAUGAAGGAUCGUACUACUAGCAGGAAAGAUUUCACAGUCUUCAGUCUGCAGAAAGGUUCACUUGGAAACACACACUCCUGUUAAUUAGGAAGGAUGAGACUGUUUGGUAGGUAGAUUUGGUUACUGCUGUACAUUGUAAAGUCAGAUUAAUGUUAAUUACUUGUGCCAGUCGGAUGCAGACAGUGGAUGUCCUGUCCAGGUAAGUUCAUCCAAUUAGAGCCAAAAAAAGGUAGCUAUCACUCUGCUUUACUGUGUAGAUCCACUUGGUGGUGUGACAGUGCGGGCUAGGCUGAUGGUGAUACCAGCUGCUGGGUACAAUUUACACGGAUUAGACAUUGUCUGUUAAGAGCUCACCAGAUUGAUUUCUCAGACAAGUCCUUGACUGCAGCAAGAAGUUCCAACUUACAGCUUUGAAAUUGUUAUCCACCAAAUGGCUCUCCAGUCCCAGUGUCCACUCAGAAAAAAGUAAAAAAGAGAAAAAUAAAUCUAAUACAGAAAAAAGGAAAUCAAUCAUCCCCCCUGGGCUGCUGCCGGCUACACAAAGGACAAUGAGGGGUCCGUUCUCGCCCCACAGCCAAGAAGUACUAUAAGAUAAUGGGAGUUGCGGAUACUCAGGCUCUCUGCCCCCACAACCAAGAAAGAAGAAUGGGAGUUGCUUGCAAGUACUAGUGGUCACUAUUUGCUUACUAGUGAUGACAUACGUAAGGAGGCACAGACAAUGAUUUUGAUUGAUCAUCCUAAUGUGAUUAAGGCGUUUUGUUCUUUUGUUGUGGAACAAUGUCUGUGGGUGGUAAUGCCAUUUAUGGCUGAAGGUUCUUGUCUACACCUAAUGAAGAUUGCAUACCCAGAUGGAUUUGAAGAGUUUGUAAUUGCUACUAUCCUUAAAGAAACACUUAAAGCUUUGGAGUACUUGCAUCGGCAUGGGCAUAUACAUCGUGACAUCAAGGCUGGAAAUAUACUGCUUGAUAGCGAUGGAAUAGUGAAGCUUGGGGAUUUCGGUGUGUCAGCUUGUAUGUUUGACAAGGGUGACAGGCAACGCUCAAGGAAUACUUUUGUAGGAACUCCAUGCUGGAUGGCUCCAGAAGUUUUGCAGCCGGGAAGUGGAUACGAUUUUAAAGCUGAUAUCUGGUCAUUUGGGAUAACUGCUUUAGAGUUGGCCCAUGGUCAUGCUCCAUUCUCCAAGUACCCUCCGAUGAAGGUUCUUCUAAUGACCAUCCAGAAUGCCCCUCCUGGACUCGAUUAUGAUCGAGAUAAAAAGUUUUCCAAGUCCUUUAAAGAGAUGGUUGCCAUGUGCUUGGUGAAAGAUCAAACAAAGAGGCCAACUGCGGAAAAAUUAUUAAAGCAUUCUUUUUUCAAACAUGCAAAACCUCCAGAGCUUUCUGUAAAGAACCUUUUGAAAGAUUUGCCACCACUUUGGGACCGCGUAAAGGCCCUCCAGCUCAAAGAUGCUGCACAAUUAGCAUUGAAGAAAAUGCCCUCAGCAGAGCAAGAAGCAAUAUCACAGAGCGAGUACAAGCGAGGUGUGAGUGCCUGGAACUUCGAUGUUGAAGACUUGAAAGCUCAAGCGUCCCUGGUUCAUGAUUAUGAUGAUGAGCAAGGGCUGAAAGAAGAAGACGAGUCCAUGGAUUUAUUUUCUAAUCACAAGCAAUUAUCUUCAUCUAAAUCGAAUUUGGCAAAUUCCCCUCCAAAUAGAAGUGCUCUGAGGGGUAGUGUAAGCAGUGCUGAACUAUCACAGUAUGGGUGCUCGAAUGGAAAAGGGGUAAUUGUGGAACCUAAUUGUAAUAAUGGCAGUCAAGAAAAAUCUGAUCUGUGUGAAAAAGAGGUAUUGGGUAGUGACUCAGUGUUGUCAACACCAGACAAGGGUGUGGUGCAAGGUCCACCUCAAAACCAAACUGUUACAGGCCGCCAAACUCGAAGUGGACCACUCAUGCCUAAUGCUGUGCUUUCUCAUUCACAAUCAGAAAGAGGGCGUUUAUAUGAAAGGUGUGUGGCGGAGAACCAACCAGUGCCUGAGAAAGGCAAAUCCAAUGUACGAAGGGCUCCCAGCUUUAGUGGCCCUCUAAUGCUCCCAAACCGAGCUUCUGCAAACAGUUUAUCAGCUCCAAUAUGGCCUUCAGGAGGAUUCAGAGAUGAGGAUAAAUCAAAGGGCAAUGUGGUACAAAUUAAAAAAGGCCGGUUUUCAGUGACGUCUGAGAGUUUGGAUCCUGGAAAGGACUUCCCUUCAUGUACAGUUCCACGAGGAUCGUCAACGGGGUCGUCGCCUCUUAGAAAAUCUGCAAGUGUAGGCGAAUGGCUAUUUGAUGCUAGACCAAUGCCUAACAACCUAUCACCAAAGGAAGGGAGCAACAACGCGGUGCCUACAUCGCUUCUCAUGCCUCACCUUCAGAAUAUAUUACAGCAGACCACGAUACAACAAGAUCUCAUUACGAAUUUGUUGAGUACCUUGCAACUAACUGACGUAGUAGAUGGUGGCCAUACAGGAAAUACGCAAGUACAACCUUUAGAAAACAAUGCAGCUGUGGACCCAGCUGCUUCCGAACGAGAGCGGUUAUUACUACUUAAAGUUUCAGAACUUCAGGCCAGAAUGAUCACUUUAACGGACGAACUUACUUCUGAGAAGUUGAAACACUUACAGGAUAUUCUGCACAACAUUUUUUCAAUCUACCGUGGACAUGGUGGUUGCCUUGUAAUGUUUCUGAUGGCUAACUAACACACUUCAGUUACCGGCGUAUGUUGGUGUAUAAUCAAAAACUAACAAACAAGCAACCUCUUGAUCAGAUCAUUACAU